CAAAAUUUGACAAGUAGAGAUGGCAUCAAGAGAGAGGAAAAUGAAUUAUUGGAAAAUGUCAUUUCUGCUCAGAAAUUUAAAGGACCUAUUACAGCAAAUAAUAUAGGGGAAAGGCUAGCCAUUAUUAUCAGGGAAUAUGAAGAUUUUGAAAAUGCAUUGGUGAACACAACAGAUUCUAUUCAGGGAGCUCUAGGAAACGUUCCAAUUUUCAUCUUAGCUGAUCAUCUCCCCUAUCCACCCCUUAAGUUAAAUCCCAAAGGCACUGUAAAAGUUAUUACUCUUUCCAGUAACUUGAACAAAAACUAUAGCAGUGCUUGUCCACUGCAUUUCAUAAAUACACAGUAUGUGCUUAUUUUACCAGAUGCUGUGAAGUUGAGAAACUUGAAGCAAAUAAUUUACUAUAUGCAUUUCUUAAAAGCAAAGAAAAAAACAGAUGCCAUUGCUAUUCCCAUUGGAGAUACCAGGCUUCAGUGCAGUGGUCUUUAUGUUGAUCUUAAGCGAUGGACACUUUCACUGAAUGCCAACCUUUCAGAUGCAUCAUUAUUUUGUCCUCUUGUGAUAGGCGCCCAAGCCCUGUUAAUGGAAACUAAAGUCUUUAAGUCUCUCCCAGAACCUUUUGCCAGGCCAUUUCCAUUUACAUUCUAUGUCCAAGCCAGAGCUGCCAAUUUAUCAGUAAGAGUAGCAAAAGGUGAAAAGUUAGCCCCAGUCGCUAAACUGUACAUGGAUCCUCACAAUAAUUGGAAACACAAACGAGCCGAAGCCGAGCGACUGGAUGCAUUUUACAGGAGUGUGGGUAUUAAACAAGAAAUUCUCCAUAACAAUAUAACCAGAUUUUACGGAUGUGACAAAGAUAAACCACGUUGCUUUGGAACAAUUGUGAAUGACAUGCCAGAUUACCUGUAUGAAGGGAGGUGGACACCACCAUGUUGCCUGAAAGCCUUGAGGGAGACAGCAAAACAUGUGUUUACCACACUAGAAAAUUGUCACGUUCGUUACUGGCUCGAGGGUGGCAGUUUGCUGGGUGCUGUACGCCAAAAGGAUAUAAUCCCAUGGGACUACGAUGUUGAUAUAGGGAUUUACAGAGAAGAUUUAAGUAAAUGUGGGGCCCUUGUUGAUACAAAAAAUGGAGCCUACACAGAUGAUUUAGGCUUUGUUUGGGAAAAAGCUGUUGAAGGGAAGUUUUAUCGUGUGCAAUAUUCAGCAGUAAAUCACCUGCACGUGGAUAUUUAUCCUUUUUACUCCAAACAUGGAGUCAUGACCAAAGACACUUGGUUACUCACUCAUAGACAGGAUGUGGAAUUUCCAGAGAGAUUCUUGCUGCCAUUGACUAAGAUAGAGUUUGCUGGAGUAAUGACAUAUGCUCCAAAUAAUGUCAAGGAGUUUCUUGAGUAUAAAUUUGGAGAAGGAGUUAUAGAAAAUCCAAAGUAUCCUAACUUACAAAAUCCUGUGUGA